AUGUCCCCUAAGUGCGCAUCCAUGGAAAGAAAUGGCACGCGCGCAUCUGGCGCUCAGUCCGCAAGGGAUUUUACUGCCGACGUCAUCACCUCCAGCAGUGAACUUGACCUAAGCAACGACGAAGACGCUCUCGCUUCGACCCCGAGGAAAAGUCGCCGGAGCACCAAGUGGUCAGGCAGAUGCGCGUCCAGGGCGUGCGGGGGAAACCGCAGGACGAAGGCCAACGACCGCGAGAGGCACCGCAUGCACAACCUCAACUCCGCCCUGGACGCGCUGAGGAACGUGCUGCCCACUUUCCCCGACGACGCGAAGCUGACCAAAAUAGAGACAUUGAGAUUUGCGCACAAUUACAUCUGGGCGCUGACCGAGACUCUCCGAAUUGCUGAGCCCGCCUGGCGCCCUGCGGACCUGGAGAAGGACGUGGAAGGUGUCCACGCGCCAGGCGCAGCGUGUCCAGCGAGCUGGCACGGAGCGCAAGGACACUACACGGACAUAUUGCUGCACCAGGUGGACUGCAGGUUUCAAGAGAACCUGAUGCUCGCUUUUGAUGAAGAUGAGGUGUUUAGGAAUGGAUGGGCGUGUUUUCCAAAGACACACAGCUCUGGCAUUAAUGACUGCAAGUUGUGAGGACGGAUAGAGAAUUUUCUCGACAAAAUUGGAGACGUUGCCAUUUUGGUUACUUGUGCUGCAUGUAUUUUAUGCGUCUAAUUAAAUGAAAUCAAAUGAAUCAGUUCACAGG